AUGUCGUCCACCGAAGCCCUAUCCAAGUUCCAAGGCCGUUUCAAGCUCGAACGCAGCGAGAAUUUCGACGAGUACCUGGCAUCGAAGGGCGUCAACUGGUUCUUGCGCAAAAUGAUCGGCUUCGCAUCCGUCACCAAGGUAUUUCGGCCAGAAGAUGACGGCCGAUGGACGCUGCAGAACUUGUCGUCGAAAAAGAACACAACGCACCAAUGGAAACUCGGCGAGGAGUUCGAAGCGGAAGGGCUGGAUGGGAAACAACAUAGGAUCCGCUUCGAUCUGACUGACGGCGCUCUCAAUGAACACCACGUGAGACUCGACGAUCCGACCGACAAGGGCGAAACCUACCACUACACCAUCGAUGGAGAUUAUCUGGUGCUCGCCAUGCAAAACGACGUCGUCGCCUGCAAACGAUGGUUCAAGCGCGAACCCGAGACGAGCAACAUUUCGCAA